AUGAGAAGGCUAUCGAUUUCUCUAAUCCGUCGCUUCCAUUUCCAGAGAUUCAGAGCAAUCCCACUUCCAGUUCACCUGAGUAACAUUCCCGAUGCUGCUGCUGCUGCUGCUCCGUCGCGCGGAAUCUCCACUUGCUGCAGAGCCUAUGGCUCGAUCAUCAACAAGAGCAAGUUCCUGGAGAACCCAAGUCGGAAUUUCAACACUAAUGUCGAGGAACCGACGGAGAUUACCCCAAGCGAGAUAAUCGACCAGGAAAAAAACGACCUUGAAGAGGCGUUCGAGUCAGCGAAGACCACCGACGAAAUGGUCCGUCUGUUCAAGGAGAUGGAGUUGUCUUUCGAAGGGAGCGAGCUAGGUUUAUCCGCUCUGAAACUAGGUCUCCAUCUCGAUCGCCAAGGUGAGGAUCCCGAAAAGGUUUUAUCUUACGCUGAUAAAGCUCUGAAAUCGUUCGAUGUAAUCGGAUACAAACCUACUCUGCUUGUUGCCAUGGCGUUGCAAUUGAUGGGCUCUGCUAAUUUCGGGUUAAAACGGUUUAGCGAUAGCUUAGGUUACCUCAACAGAGCGAAUCGGAUUCUUGUCAAGUUAGAGGCGGAUGGUGAUUGUCUUUUGGAAGAGCUUAGGCCGGUUCUACACGCCGUGCAGCUCGAGCUUGCUAAUGUUAAGAACGCAAUGGGAAGGAGAGAGGAAGCUAUUGAGAAUCUGAAGAAGAGUAUGGAGUUAAAGGAGAUGACUUUUGAGGAAGAUAGUAAAGAGAUGGGUGUUGCGAAUCGGAGUUUAGCUGAUGCUUAUGUUGCGGUUUUGAAUUUUAAUGAAGCUUUGCCUUAUGCUUUGAAGGCGUUGGAGAUUCAUAAGAAGGAGUUGGGGAGUAAUUCGGCUGAGGUUGCGCAGGAUCGGAGACUUCUCGGUGUGAUCUAUAGCGGUUUGGAUCAGCAUGACAAGGCCUUGGAGCAGAACAGAUUGUCUCAGAGGGUGUUGAAGAAUUGGGGGAUGAAACUUGAGCUGAUUCGUGCGGAGAUUGACGCUGCGAACAUGAAGGUUGCGUUGGGGAAGUACGAGGAAGCGAUUGAUGUGUUGAAGAGCGUUGUGGAGCAGACUGAUAAGGAUAGUGAGAUGAGAGCUAUGGUGUUUAUAUCGAUGUCGAAAGCUCUGGUGAACCAGGAGAAGUUUGGUGAUUCGAAGAAGUGUUUGGAGUUUGCUUGCGAGAUCUUGGAGAAGAAAGAGACAGCUUCUCCUGUGGAAGUCGCUGAAGCGUACUCAGAGGUGGCGAUGCAGUACGAGUCGAUGAACGAGUUUGAAACGGCGAUUUCGUUGCUGCAGAAGACGUUGAGUAUACUUGAGACGCUUCCUCAAGAGCAGCAUUCGGAAGGAAGUGUUUCGGCUAGGAUUGGUUGGUUGCUUCUGUUCUCUGGGAGAGUCUCUCAAGCGGUUCCUUAUUUGGAAAGUGCAGCUGAGAGGUUGAAAGAAAGCUUUGGUGCUAAACAUUUUGGAGUUGGUUAUGUUUACAACAAUCUUGGUGCUGCUUACUUAGAACUUGGAAGACCACAAUCCGCUGCUCAGAUGUUUGCUGUUGCUAAAGAUAUAAUGGAUGUUUCACUUGGUCCUAACCAUGUUGAUUCGAUCGAUGCUUGUCAGAAUCUGUCUAAAGCUUACGCAGGAUUGGGAAAUUAUAGCCUUGCAGUGGACUUUCAACAGCGAGUGAUCGAUGCUUGGGACAAUCAUGGAGAUAGCGCGAAAGAUGAAAUGAAAGAAGCGAAGAGACUUCUUGAGGAACUGCGAUUGAAGGCUCGAGGUGGUGUUUCAGCAAGUAAGAUUCCUGCAAAGGCUUUACCUUUGCCCAAGAAGUGA